UGUUCCUGUGUGCUCGUGCUGUAAGCUGCUCGCAGAAAGGUGGAACUCAGAAUGCAUGCAGCAGGUUUUGCUUUUUUUGGGGUUAGCUGCUCUUGCAGGAAAAAGGCUGAGGUACAAACGGAUACUAUUCACAAGUUGUUUCAUUUGUGCUCUCAUUCUGUAUGUGCAGAGUGUAUAUUCAUUCAUUGUGACACGCAAAGUUUAAAUAGCUUGUUUCAUUAGUGUGCAGGUUGUCACACACAUGUCUCUCUCUCACACGCACACACAAUUUUAAAUGUCCAAUCUGUAUUCCAAACACGACUAAAGGUUACCCCUGCAACCAAAAACAAAACGUGUUUGGAGGUGAGUUUUCCACUCAGUCAAGCAGAAAGUAAGAAUUAGAUUUCAUCAAGAAUCAACCAACAGCAUGUGAUGCUGGAGAGUUUGAUCUGUUUUCCUAACUUCUGCAGUGCAGACAUUAAAAAUGUAAUAGUCAUGUCUCUUAAUUACUUAAACAUCAUAAAGCUUGAAAAUAUAUCUUAGUUAUUUUUACUUUAUUUCUUAAACAAUUGCACCAAACAAUUGCACCAUCAGCCCAACAACUAGCCUUCGUUGAGGCACUGGACUGCUAUUAUUAACUGUCAUAAAUCACAAAGAAACACCAGACAACUAUACCUCUAUAAUACUCAUAUUGUUUGUUUUUGUCCAAAGUCUCACACUCAAAAAUAUAAUUAAACAGUUACAUUUUUCAGUCAAGUAUAACUUUGUGAAGCUGUGGACGAUCAGAGAAUGCCACAGGAAGGCAACACGGUAAGUUGUGCAAUCGUUACUGAGAAAUCCUCGUGUUUAACUUGCUCACCACGUCUUUAGUUCUCUCUUUAAAGGAAAUUGCCACACUUGCAACAGCAAUGUUUCCAAAUGCAAUUCUGGUAAUUCUGGUAUUAAUACAGUUGUUACACUGCUGUUAAUUAAUACCUUCUAUUAUUAAAGUAAUAAACCACCUAAACACCUCAGGAAACGCAGGCAAGAGAAGCCAUAGUGUAAAAAAAAGGAAAUCCUGCUUGAGGCUGUCUAACAUCUCCCGUGUCAUCAGUGAAUUAGUAGUGGUUGACCUAAUGCACCUUGUUUGAAAGCUAUUUCAUGGUCUCAUUGUUGCUCAUGCAGAAUAUCAAGGCAGAGCUGUGUCUGCUCACGUCUAAAGGCCAAGGAGAGUGCUGUUGGUGAGCAAGGCUGUUGUCAAAAUAAGAAAUGUUUUGGGCGCAAACCUUGCACACUCUUCAGUGGAACAUGUAAACAUUUACACAGGGGCGUGAGUCAACCCGCUUCCCCCUGACUUUUUUUUCUUCCCUUCAAGUUACACAGCUUUUGUGUGUGUGUUGCUCGACUCCAGCGCCUGUUGUGUGUUACUCUUACUGAUCAGCCUUUCCUGUUGCUGCAGAGGAACUGCGAGCAGUGAGAUAAGGACAGUGAGAGCACAUGCUUGCACCAGGGAGGCCGGGGGUGCGGAGGAGAUAAAAAGUAACAGUUACAACGUGAAGGGCAAAGGCCUGCCUAAUUGGGAUAUUACCAGAGAUCAUCACAGUUGUUUUUGCAGCCACGGGUGUCUCGGGGGUUGUGAACGUGUGACGCCAGCCACUCCACUGCUACAAGGAGACCAGAUGGGGACAGAGGUCCAGUUUGGGCCGGCUGGUCCCAGCAGCAGGAAACAGCUGAGCUUUUGAAAUAUCAGAGGAGCUCCCUUCUGGUAGGCUGAGGAAGAGACAAACAAUCCUGCACAGGGAAGGAUUAAGGAGACCUUCAUAAAUCCAGGGAACAAACCGAGGAUGUGAGAAGGGGGAACUGGAGUUUAAGCAUCCAAGGCCUGAGGAUCACAGCGCAGGAUAUGCAUGUUUAUGCACUUUGACUCCUCCAGCAUGAGACACGCGGGGGAGCACGACUAAAGGGAGGAUCAGGCCUCGCUAUUAGAGCUCGCUCUGGAAUUUAGGACAGUUUGCAUCACGUAGGGCAGGUGCUGCGCUUCUCGUCUGCCUGAUACGUGAGUCGACGCACUAAAAAGCCGACGAGGGGGACUGCGUGGGCGGGAGACAGCCAGUUUUUAGUGGAGGCUGGGGGAGUUUUCUUUAACCGGUCGGCUCCACCAGGCCAGAGCAGGCAGCGAUGAGUCAGAGGAAGCUGACACGACAGAUGAGGUUGUGGGAGAGUCCUGAGGGUCCACCUCCUGCGCCCUCUCUCACCUCACCUGUGUCACCGGUCGAUCAGUCUCGAGGACACGGGGGCUCUGUUUUGUUUCGCCGUUUGAAACUGAACCGCAGUAUUCAGGAGCGCAGACGCUCAUCUCACUGUAACAUCACAUCUCUUUGCAGCUUCGAUUCAGAGAAUGGUCCCUCUCCAGGACGCAGUCCCAUGGAUUCGCAGGCGAGUCCUGGGUUGGUGCUCCACCCUUCUUUCCCCCAGAGCCAGCGCAGGGAGUCCUUCCUGUACCGCUCAGACUCAGACUACGACACGUCCCCCAAAACCAUGUCACGCAACUCCUCCAUCAACAGUGAGGGGCACGCCGAAGACAUGAUCGUCACCCCUUUCGCUCAGGUGUUGGCCAGCCUACGAACUGUAAGAAGCAACUUCACCAUCCUCGCCAAUGUCACAACACCCACUAACAAGAGGUCACCAGUGACAAGCCAACCCACUGUUCCCCAAGCUACACUCUCUGAGGAGACGUACCAGCAGAUGGCUCGGGAGACUCUGGAGGAGCUGGACUGGUGUCUGGACCAGCUGGAGACCGUUCAGACCCACCGCUCAGUCAGCGAUAUGGCCUCCAACAAGUUCAAGAGGAUGUUGAACAGGGAGCUGUCCCAUUUGUCAGAGAUGAGUCGCUCAGGGAACCAGGUGUCAGAAUACAUCUCCACUACCUUUCUAGAUAAGCAGAACGAAGUGGAGAUCCCGUCCCCGACUUUGAGGGAGAGGGAGAAGCCCAUGUGUCAAAUCAGCGGUGUGAAGAAGCUCACGCACAGUUCCAGCCUUUCAAACUCCACCACGCCUCGAUUCGGUGUGAAGACUGAACAUGAGGAAGUGUUAGCCAGGGAGCUGAAUGACUUGAACAUGUGGGGCCUUAAUAUCUUUCGUGUGGCAGAGUACUCUAACAACCGUCCCCUUAGCUGCACAAUGUAUGCCAUCUUCCAGGAGAGAGAUCUACUGAAGACCUUUAUGAUCCCCGUGGAUACGUUUGUCACCUAUGUGAUGACCCUGGAGGACCACUACCAUGCCAAUGUGGCCUACCACAACAGCCUCCACGCUGCAGAUGUCACUCAGUCUACUCACGUACUGCUAUCCACUCCGGCGCUAGAUGCUGUGUUCACUGAUCUAGAGAUACUAGCUGCGUUAUUUGCCGCUGCCAUCCACGAUGUGGACCAUCCAGGGGUGUCCAACCAAUUCCUCAUAAACACAAACUCAGAGCUGGCCCUGAUGUACAACGACGAGUCCGUGUUGGAGAACCAUCACCUCGCUGUGGGCUUCAAGCUGCUCCACGAGGACAACUGUGACAUCUUCCAGAACCUGAGCAAGAGGCAGAGGCAGAGCCUGAGGAAACUUGUUAUUGAUAUGGUUUUGGCAACAGAUAUGUCUAAACACAUGAGUUUGCUGGCAGACCUCAAGACUAUGGUGGAAACCAAGAAAGUGACAAGUUCUGGAGUACUGCUGCUUGACCAUUACAAUGAUCGGAUACAGGUGUUGAGGAACAUGGUGCACUGCGCUGACCUGAGCAAUCCUACGAAACCCCUGGCUGUGUAUCGACAAUGGACGGAGAGAAUCAUGGAGGAGUUCUUCAGGCAGGGGGAUAAGGAGAGAGAGCGAGGGAUGGAGAUCAGUCCCAUGUGCGACAAACACACCGCGUCUGUGGAAAAGAGCCAGGUGGGCUUUAUUGACUACAUUGUCCACCCGCUGUGGGAGACAUGGGGGGACCUCGUGCACCCUGAUGCCCAGGACAUCUUGGACACUCUGGAGGACAACAGGGACUGGUACCAGAGCACUAUACCACAAAGCCCUUCGCCUCCUCCCGUGUGCCAGGAUAAGGAUCUAAACGCCUGCAUUGACAAGUUUCAGUUUGAGCUCACCCUCGAAGACAGCUCUCAGCGAGAAGAGGAAGACGAGGGGGACAAGUCUACGCCAAACCACGUGGCACAGGACUGCAGUCAGGGGGAGGAGGAGGAUGAGGAGGAGGAGGGUAAAAAAGAAGAAGACAUAAUGGCAGAGGAGGAAAAUGAGGACUUAAUAGAAGAGGAAGAUGAGGUUGCUAUGGAGGAAGAGGAGGUGGAGGAGGAACUGAAAGCUCAGUUGGAGGUGAGAUCUGAAAAGGAGAGACUUUCUGACACAAGUCCUUUAGAGGAAGAGGAAGAUUCUUCUUCACAAGCUGAAGAUACAUGAGUUCUGCUCCUGUGUCUCCCUCCUCACUUGCACACAUGAUCUUGUUCAUCCUUUCAAUGGCCAAACCAAGAACAAAUAAGACUGCAAUGACAAUACAGACCUUUAAAUAUAUUUUUCAAAAAGGGAAUCAAUUAAAAUCGCUUAAAGAGAAGGUGAUUACACAGCAACUGUAGAUUUGUAGUGGUGACAAGUCCUCCGACUGACUUCACAACAAACUUUAGACAAAGAGGAAUUUAGGAGAGAGCAUUAGCGACGGGCAACUGAAGACAGCGUAGCACUCUGGGACUGGAAUGCACACACACAAACACACAGACUAACAAACUCGAACACGUCGUAGGAGCAAGUCAUGAAUACAUCAAUUCAACGUGCGUAUGUCAUGCAGUACAAUUGGAGUGCAAAUGUACCUCCUCCUUUCUUGCAAACACACUCACGCACACACACACACACACUCGACUGUAUGUUUGCAUGUGUGCAUUUACAUGAGGGACAUUGAUCAGUAAUGAAUCUCUUUGGAAAAAGCCAUCU